AUGGACAGAGACAACGAGACUAGAGUCACAGAAUUCCUUCUCCUGGGACUGUCUGGGCAAUCAGAGCAGGAAGAGGUCCUCUUUGGACUGUUCUUGUGGAUGUACCUGGUCACCAUCAUUGGCAACUUUCUCAUCAUCUUGGCCAUCACCUGUGACAGUCAUCUCCACACACCCAUGUACUUCUUCUUGGCCAACCUCUCCUGUGUUGACAUCUGUUCUUCCUCAGUCACAACCCCUAAGAUGCUGGUAAAUCACCUACUGGGAUGCAAAUCUAUCUCUUAUGUGGAAUGUAUGACCCAGAUUUACUUCUUCAUCGCUUUUAUCAACAUGGAUGGGUUCCUCCUGAGUGUGAUGGCCUAUGACCGCUAUGUAGCCAUCUGUUGCCCACUUCACUACACCAUGAUCAUGAGGCCCAAGCUCUGUGUCCUUCUGGUGGCUGUGUCUUGGGUGAUUACAAAUCUCCAUGCUCUCCUACACACUCUUCUCAUGGUCCAACUCAUAUUUUGUGCCAACAAUUCUGUUCACCACUUUUUCUGUGACCCUUAUCCCAUUCUGAAGCUCUCUUGUUCAGAGACCUUUAUCAAUGACCUGAUGGUGUUUACUGUGGGUGGGCUGAUAUUUCUAACACCAUUUAUGUGUAUCAUCGUUUCAUAUGCCUACAUCUUCUCUAAUGUACUGAAACUGCCAUCUGCCCAUGGAAUAAGGAAAGCCCUGUCCACAUGCGGAUCCCACCUCACUGUGGUCUCCCUCUUCUACAGGGCAAUCCUGGGGGCGUAUAUGCACCCUUCAGCCUCCUACUCAGUACAGGACACAGUGGCCACAGUCGUCUUCACGGUGCUGACACCCACGGUCAAUCCCUUCAUCUACAGCCUGAGGAAUCGUGACAUGAAGGGGGCCCUAAGGAAACUAAUUCUCAGAUCCAGAAUUAGAAAAUUUCAGAGCUGA